AUGGUCAAGCUUAGCAACAUUUCAAUCAAUAUCCAUUUUCUAGAAGCAAUUCAAGAGAUCCCGGGAUAUGCUAAGCUCAUGAAAAAGUUGAUUUACAAGAAGAAGCUCAUCGAAGGUGACACAACUGAAGUCACCUAUGGUUCUAGUGUUAUCAUGAGUAGCAAAAUUGCAGAAAAAAAAGAAAGACCCGAAGCUUUUACCAUCCCUUGCAGCAUUGGAACACAUAGGUUUAUGAAAUCUCUAUGCAAUCUUGGUGCAAGUAUAAACCUCAUGCCUUUUGUCAUUUAUAAGACGUUUGGAUUGGACACACCAAUACCAAUAUCUAUGAGACUUUUACUAGCAGAUCAAUCUAUCAAGAUGCCGGUCAAGAUUUUGUUUGAUGUCCUAGUCAAAGUGGACAAAUUUAUACUUUCGGUGGAUUUUGUGGUUUUAGAUUACGAAAUGGACCAAGAGGUGCCCAUCAUUCUUGGUAGACCUUUGUUUGCCAUCAAAAGAGACAUUGUGGACUUAGAAUUAGGAGAGAUGAGGUUUAGAGUGCAUGAGGAUGAGGCAUACAAGUGUGAAAAGAAAAGAUGUAGAUGCGAGCUAAAAGGAAUCAAAAGGGAGAGAAGAAGUGCAGCUAGAAUACUGAAGCAGAAAUCAUCCUCAGUUACUGUGAUCACAGUCUAUGGCCGCGAUUAA